AUGGCUACAACGCAUAUAUUCGAAUAUAGCAAGAGUAGUCGCGCGACGUGCCAUGGUCCGCCACCCUGCAGGGGCUCCCCCAUAGAGCUUGGAACGCUACGGUACGGACAAGUUACCAGCGGUCGUUACGGAGAGACGGUGGAAUGGAGACACUGGGGAUGCGUGACUCCCGACAUCCUGUCGAAGCUUGCCUUAACAAAGGUCGAAAGUGUUCCAGGCUUUAUGGACCUCUACCCCGCAGACCAGUCCAAGAUCAGACUUGCUGUGGGUCUUCGUCGCGUAGACCCUGAAGACAUCCCUACCACUGCCAAAGUCCCUGACCCUGUACUAUCUACCCCGGGUCCUAGCCAGAGGAAGCGCAAACUACAGUACGAAGCCUCCUUUGGGGCCUCGCAAGGAACGCCUCCCAGUUCCUCUCAGCCCGCUCUGUCGCAAGCUCCUUCAUCGUCCCAACCCCCCUCCUCCCAACCACUUCGCCGUAUCUCUGGCUUGCCCGCCGGAAUGCCUUACCCGCAGCGAGUAGAAGAAGAGGUCGUGGAAGAAGUUGUGGAAGAGGAGAGCAGGGAUGAGCUCUAUCUCAUGCUCAAGACCAGUAUUGUGGGAAUACAGUACUACAAAGGUUUGGUUGGGCCGGGCGAACAAGUGCGGCUUGUUCGAGAGCCCCACAAUAAGUAUGAUCGGAAUGCUAUCCAGGUCAAAAACAUCGGAGGCACGCAAGUUGGUCACAUACCGCGCACAGUGGCGAGCAAGCUUGCGCCACUCAUGGACAGCGGUCUUAUAACUGUCGAGGGUGUUAUGCACGAAGGCAACCUCUCUGGUUUUGCCUAUUCAUUGUCCAUGACGUUGAAGGUUUAUGGCCCUGCCGACAAACGUCAAAUCCUGGAACCCAAACUAGUGUGGGCAACUCCAGGUCAGCGCGGGUUUCCCAAGCCAGACGCAAGCGGCAUGCGCGCCAUCCCGGGAGCUCCUACGCCUCGUGCCGCUCCAGCUCCUGCCCGCGCACCUGCGCCUUCUCAAGCAGGCCCGAGCUACUCUCAGGCGCUCUCCGCCCCAGCUGGGGCACCGGGCUAUGCUAGUGCAAGCCGUAACGCCGCAGCAUCUACCCAGCGUGCCAGGGCCACCGCCGCACAGCAAGAAGCAGUGCGCAAACAACAGGAGGCUCAGCGCAAGCAGCAAGAAGCAUACGAGAAGGCUAUGGAACUGCGACAGAUUCUGAACAACCUGGAGAAGGUUGACGACGAAGGCCGGAGAAGCUCGCUCCUCGAUACUCUGUGCUCUGUGGAUGAUGUACUCAGUUUGCCCGAACACCCGAACCCUCCUGGGGUCAGUACUGGCGAUUUGACGGUCAACCUCCUGAAGCAUCAGAGCCAAGCCUUGAAGUGGUGCAUCGAUCAUGAAUAUCCGGAGCUCCCGAAGGCGGAAACAGACAAACCUGUGCAGUUCUGGCAGCUCCGCAAAGGUGUCAGCGGCAAGCCCUAUUAUUUCAACAUUGCUACAAAGACUCCUCAAGAGGCAUCUCCCGCACUUGGACGCGGUGCCCUCUGCGCAGACAGCAUGGGUUUGGGCAAAACCUUGACUAUGAUCGCUCUGGUGCUUGCGACGAAGUCUGACACACCACUCGACCACUCGGACUCUACACUCAUCGUCGUCCCGCUCUCGGUGAUGUCCAACUGGGAGAAACAGAUUGAAGACCACGUCAAGCCCAACACGCUGAGUUACUGCGUGUACUACGGAAAGAACCGCUCGCUUACGCCCGCCGAGCUCAAGCGGUAUGACGUAGUAAUCACUACGUACCAGACCGUCGCACUCGAACAUGAUCUCGGUGCUUCCUCGAAGGGCGGCGCCCCGGCUGCCAAAAAGCAGAAGGUGGACAACGCCCUAUUUGAUGUGGCGUGGAAGAGGAUCAUCCUCGACGAGGGCCAUAUCAUCCGCAACCCGAGGACAAAGAUGGCUAAGGCGGUUUGCGCGCUUCCUGCUCAGCGGCGUUGGGUCCUCACUGGGACGCCGAUCAUCAACUCGCCGAAAGAUUUGGGAUCCAUCCUUACCUUCUUGCGUAUCUGUAAUCCGCUGGAUCAGGAGGACUUCUUCAAGCGUAUGUUGCUACGGCCUCUCAAGGACGGCGACCCCGCAGGUGCUGAACUUUUGCGGGCGUUGAUGAGCCACAUCUGUAUCCGGCGGACGAAGGAGAUGCAAGACAAAGACGGGAAACCCCUUGUCCCUUUGCCACCUGUGGAAAUGACCGUUGUUCCGGUCGCGCUCACGCCCAAAGCCAGAGAAAUGUACGAUGCAGUCGAAGAGCUGUCCAAGCAACGUGUGGGCAGCCUACUUGCGCAGCACGGCACUAUGCAAGCGGCCGCUGUGCAAUCGAACGUGCUUAGUCUGCUUACUCGGAUGCGCCAGCUGGCCCUUCACCCCGGCUUGCUUCCUCCCAACUAUCUUCAGCAGCUGGAAGGCAGCGGUGAAUCUGACGACAGUGAUGCUCCAGCCCCCGUACAGAUCACUCCCCAAGAGCGCAUUCGUCUGCAGAACCUGCUUGCACAAGGCAUCGAGGACUGCGAGGAGUGUCCAGUCUGCUUCGGCGAGCUCAACGAGCCACGGAUCACUUUCUGCGGACACAUGUUCUGCCUGGCUUGCAUAACUGAGGUUAUUGCGCGCGAUCCCAAGUGCCCAAUGGACCGACGACCUCUCGGCGUGGCAAACCUGAUUGAGCCGCCGCCCCCUACAGAUCUGACUCAAGCCCCGGUCCGUUUCGAUGACGAUGACGAUGAGGAGGACAGCGAUCUGCGCAACGGCUCUUCUGCCAAGAUCGACCAACUCGUAACGCUGCUCAGGUUGACCCCCGAGACAGACAAGUCCCUCGUAUUCUCCCAAUUCACCGGAUUCCUCGACAAGAUCGCCGAGACACUGGAGAAAGAAGGUAUCCCUUACGUCCGCUUCGACGGCAAGAUGUCGGCACGCCGCCGCCAGGAGACUAUCGCGAGGUUCUCUGUACCGAUCAAAGCCGGUGAAGUCACGACUGCGCCCCCUUUGAGUCAAGUAGCGCAGCUGUCUUCCAGUCAACCCUCCGAGCCCGUACCGUCUCAGCGUUCGACCCGCCGGCGCACCCGUUCUACACAGUCGAUCCUUCUGGACGGGUCUCUUGACGAUGACAAGGACGACGACUUCAUAAUGGUUGAUCCCUCUAGCGAUGACGACGACGAUGACCCCUUCAUUGACGACGAGAACGUCCCUCCUACCCGCACGCAGGCGGCAAAGAAGGGCAAGGGUAAGGCAAAGGGUGGGGCCAAAGGCAAAGGCAAGAAGACGGCGCGUAUGAGCGACCUGGUACCUGAGGAGUUCAUGUCUGCCUCAGACACAAGCGAUGUCAACCCGCGCGUCAUGCUCAUCUCGCUGAAGGCGGGUGCUCUGGGCCUGAACCUGACGGUCGCCAACAACGUGUACUUGAUGGAUCCCUGGUGGCAGGAGGGUAUCGAAUCGCAGGCUAUCGAUAGGUGCAAUCGGAUUGGUCAGACGAAGCCUGUCCAUGUGUACCAACUCAUCGCCGAGGACACCGUCGAGUCGAAGGUCAUCGAAAUCCAAGAGAAGAAGAAAAAGCUUGUGCAAGAGGCCUUCGCAGGAAUCAAGAACGCCGAGACCCAACGCCAGAAGAAGGAAGCGCGCCUUCAAGAGCUCGUGCACCUGUUUGGUCUGCAAAAGGACGCCCUGGCUCAGAACAACAACGGCAGUGCCGGCGAAUCUCAAAAUACCCUAGAUCAAUUCCGAGCCUGAAGCCUGAAGUUCGCUACCCUCGCGCUCGCAUUAUACCUACUCAUCACCUAUCAAGCCCACGGCCCGCACUGCUCUAAAAUCGGCCUAAUGUCUACGAUAAGCUUGCUGUAUAGACCCCC